GACCAGCGUACACAAAGUCAUUUCAUGAACAGAGCAAAUAGGAAAUCAAAAUCCGGACGCAGGGCUCAUGAAAAGAAAAGAUUUCCAUCCGGAAAAGACGACAGCGACACUGUAGCAAAUGAAUCCGACAGAGAGUGUGUAGACAGAGAAGUACAGACCGACGAAAACUGGGACAUAAUCGAUGAAAACAACGCCGAUCACCAUGGCAACGAAUUCGAUCAACUUUGUGAUCACGUGACGCGUAGCCUCGCGGCGCUACACGGCGCGCUACACGAUUUUUGGACGUGGAAAGAUGACAUGCUACGACAAGCAUUGCCAUCGUCUGUCUUACUUCGACUUACUCUCGUUGCUGGAAAACUGUACAGAACGUAUUGUGGCAUGCAGUCUCCUUUGUCUCAACUGAUGGAUCUUGUGAGACUUUACUCUAAGCCAUGGGAGAAGAAGAGUACGGUUUUGAAGAAACUGCAAGAUGAUUGUCAAAUAAAGCAAGGGCGGUUGAAUGUUGCUUUACGUAAGAUUGAAUUGUUUUCUGUUGAGGAACAACGAAUGGCUCAAGAACGGAGAAUAAUGAAUUGGGAAAGAUUGUUCACUAAAGUAACGAAUAGGAACAGUCAUGGCCGCCGAUGGAAAUUUCGUAUUCAGUUAUUGAAGGAUAAGAUUGCACAAGGAUUGCCUCUUUUGGCAACCAAACAAGUGGAAUAUAAUGACGAGACUGUGGUGACAACCAUUAAUAUUCGUCAGUCUGAAGGUGAUGAGAGAGAUGAAGAAGCAGACAGUAUUGCAGCCCAGAGGGACUCAACAUUUUCUCCAGAAUCAUUUGAUAUGUCAAUCACAGAUGAACAAAAAGGACACAGAAGAGUUCAUUUUGCUGCUGAAGACGACGAUAGCAGCGACGAAGUCAUGUCUGAAGAGCUGGCUGCUCUUUCAAUGAAUAGCCCAUCUGGCUCAUCAGAUACAACUCGGGGCACGGGAACACGCACUCCACCAGCACCUCCUGCACCACCAAUAACAAAAGUGGAGACCGUUGAUGCAGCAACUUGGACACAUGAGAAAGAAUAUAACAAAUAUUUGCAUGUACGAGUCUUUCGACCCACAGGAUUUGAUGACACUGACGUGUAUUGCACUCUGGCAUUGGGUCCUCAACUGGUCACCAGCAGAGUCUUUUCUUUGUCUACAUCCCUUGAAGAUGACAAACCUGUUGAUCAAAAUGCAGCAAGUCUGUCUAGUCGGACUAACAGCAGGUUAACAAGUAGUCGACUUAGUCUUGCCAGUCAGAGCAAGAGCAAACUGAAGUCAAGCAGUGUGACAAAAAUUGGAUAUGAAAAAUGUGAUGAGUUCAAGUUUAUUGUUCCACCUGAUGACAAAACCAUUUCUAUACCUUCAAAAGACAACGAAAUCAAAGAAUCUUUCAAAUCAGCUUCCCCAAACUUUUUAGCCUCGGGUUCGUUGUCUCUUUUGUCUACUGCAGCUGUUGCAGAGAAGGCCAAUACGAAGUUUGAUGCUGUGAAUGUUGCUGUGCACUCAAACGGACCAGGAAGGCCGAUGGUGGCUAUGACGUCGAUUGCUAUUAAGAUGUUGUCUGUUGAGGAUUAUCGUGAAAGUGAGGAGAUUCCUGGAGAGGAUUCGAUUGAUACUGUGUCAUAUGAUGCGACUUGUCUAAAAGGUGGCGGAUUUGGACAAAUCAAUCUUGCAUGCUAUUGGACUCAUGAAGAGAGAGUUCGGACAAAAACAAGAGGGACACUUACUCAUUCAAUCGAAAGUGUAAUUGAGGGUCUUGGCUUUGUUCAUGCUAAGACGCCGCCGGUGCUAAACAGCAGAGAAGUUCAAGUCGAAGAUGACUUCAGUGAACAAGUGGUGCCGUGUGAAACACCGGAAGGCUAUGUAAAGGAAGACAAACUGACCGAAGUGAUAAUGAAACAUGCUGAAGAAAUAGAAUUGCUACAAGCUGAACAUAAACAGCAGCUAGAUGCUCUCACUCUGAUGCAUCAAAUGCAAGACGAGUCUCGAUGGGCUGUAGUACAGUCGGAAACUCAUUCGCCGUCGGACUCAUCGGGUAUUUCUCAGCGAAAAUCACAAACAAAGAGUAAAGAUAACAUUUCUGUUGCUCCAUCAAAAAGUAAAAUACAGAAGCAACUGCAGCCUCAUCACUUACCUGUUAAGUUACUUGGAACAUCUUUCCCUGAAGACUUUUUGUCUCGGUUGGAGCACUUUGCUCGCGAAAGUGCAAGACGACAAGAAGAGCUGACACAUCGAAUAAGGACCGAAGUUGCUGAGGUGUGUGAAAAGCAAAUGGCCAGUUUGCAUCGACUUGAUACAAGAGCCAGACAACGAACCGAAUACAGCGAAGAAGUAUGUCUACCUGCAUUGUUCAUGCCAACUAAAACUCGAAAUGUUUUCACACCCAGAGCUCAUUCCUAUUUUCAUCCAAUGGGAUCCAUGCUGAGAAUAACACAACCUCCGUCAGUAUUCAAGUUACCAUCCAUACCUGGGCAUAUUGCUACAUUGAAUCUGUACAACAUGGGUCAGGAGUAUGUGGCUCGAGGACCCGAUUGGUUGAGGCAAAAGCAAGACGAUCAAGGCAGGCAAACAAUGACACCACCUCCCAGCAAUGUCAACGUAACAGAACUAUAGGAGGAGAGGCGGAUGACGAUUUGAUUUGUUGAAUUCAAUUUUUAAUAACUUGAUCACAACAGAAUAAAUUCACUUCUAUAUUAUUGCUA